AUGGCUGUUCCAGGCACUCAGAUCUCCAAGCGCAGAAAGUUCGUCGCCGAUGGCGUCUUCUACGCUGAGCUCAACGAGUUCUUCCAGCGCGAGCUGGCCGAGGAGGGCUACUCCGGCGUCGAGGUCCGCGUCACCCCCACGGUAACCGACAUCAUCAUCCGCGCCACCCACACCCAGGAGGUUCUCGGCGAGCAGGGCCGCCGCAUCCGCGAGCUCACCUCGCUCAUCCAGAAGCGCUUCAAGUUCCCCGAGAACUCCGUCUCCCUCUACGCCGCCAAGGUCCAGAACCGCGGUCUCUCCGCCGUCGCCCAGUGCGAGUCCCUCCGCUACAAGCUCCUUAACGGUCUCGCCGUCCGCCGCGCCUGCUACGGUGUCCUCCGCUUCAUCAUGGAGUCCGGCGCCAAGGGUUGCGAGGUCGUUGUCUCCGGCAAGCUCCGCGCCGCCCGCGCCAAGUCCAUGAAGUUCACCGACGGCUUCAUGAUCCACUCUGGUCAGCCCGCCAAGGACUUCAUCGACCACGCCACCCGCCACGUCCUCCUCCGCCAGGGUGUUCUCGGCAUCAAGGUCAAGAUCAUGCGCGGCUCCGACCCCGAGGGCAAGGCCGGCCCCCAGAAGACCCUCCCCGACGCCGUCUCCAUCCUUGAGCCCAAGGAGGAGCAGUCCGUCGUCCAGCCCAUGUCCCAGGACUACGGCGCUAAGGCCGCCCAGGCCCAGGCCGCCGCUGAGGCGCAACAAGCGGAGCAGCAGCCCGAGGCUGGCGAGGAGGCUGAGGCUCAGUCGUAG